UAAUAGAAAAGAGAUCUGGUAACCCUGUUAAAUUAGAGUAAUGACAUUUUAUCAGUACUAACAUAUUCUUUUCAAUUUAAAUGUGUUUGGCAUAUUAUUAAAUUUCACAUUGUCUUCAAAAUUAACCGGUAAUAUGGUAGAAAAUCCAGAAAAAGAUAAUAGUUAUUUACGAAAAGGUUUAAAAAAAUUAUUUGCAAAACAUGACAAAAAUCAGAGCAGUCAAGGUAGUAAAAAAAAGAACUCGAAUGUCGACAACGUGACAAAGCCAAAACAACAACAAAAAAACGUGAAGUUAAAAAAUUUAGAAAAUAACAGCCAAGAAACUUGUAAGUUAACUAGUGAAAACUUAUUAAAUGAAAACAAGAGCAAAAGCAAAUUAAAGAAUUUGUUGACCAACAAAAACAGUACCGCAAAGUUAAGUAACAAUCUAAACUCAAAAGAACAAGUGGAAAGUACAAUCCUUGAUGGAAAAAAAAUUUCAAACGGCAAAAAUCAAAACAAAGUUCCACUUCCAAAGGUAAAAGAGAAUACUUUAUUGAAUAAAAAUUAUUGGGAGAAAUUAAAAAAAACAACAAAAAAAGAUUUAACAUUUAAUUUGAAAGAGAAUUCUGUGAAUCCCAAAUCUGAAGCGCCUAUAAGUAAUCCAAAAGGUCCAAUUUCUACUAGCAAAUUAAAAAAGAAUAAAAUAAAUGUAAAGCGUAAAAAAAUUUCCAAAAAAAGUGAUAGAGUUUUGGAGGAGUCUAAAUUGAAAGCCGAUUCUGAUUUAACUAAAGAUCAUUCUAAAAAGAAACAAAAUGCAGGAGAUGCUGUGCCAAAUAAUGUCAGCAAAAAGCGGAAGCUUAAGAAAAGAAAGCUUCAUAAAGAAAAUGCAAUAUUGUUGGAAGGCAAAUUCGCUAGAAAACCUGUCAAAAAUCGUAAAAGAAAGCGAACAAAAUCCUAUAGUCCUAAUCUAGAGGAAAUCAAAAAACCAAAGUGCACUGAGGUUUCAUUAUUACCACCUAGUACUGAUGACAGCGAGUUUGACAGUUCAAGUAGUUGGGUGCCUAAUAGCACCGAAGACGAUGCAAGCUCAGUACUACACACUGAUUCCGACUCCAACAUUAGUUCUUUUUAUACAAGUGACGACGACAUCAGUGAUUUGUCCUUUAACAGUGAAAGCUCAGAGUACUGCACACAUUCAAGUAGUGACAGUUUAACAUUUCUCGAUGAAGAUAGUUUAAAUGAUCCUGAUUAUCAACCUCCGGAUGAUAUACAAAUAAUUAAGAAAGGUAUGGCAAUUAGUCGAGUUUUAAAAGAAGAUGAAGUCCAAUUUGGGGAGGCGGACGAAAUACAAAUUGUGGAGCUUACGGAGGCUGUAAAUGUAAAAAGUAUUAUUCAGCCCAAAUCAUGUCAUAUAAAUGAAUUAAAAAAGUUGAAUAUACAAAAUGUAGAAACAGAAGCUUUAAUUAAUAAUAAUAUUUCUAUAACAUCAGUCGAAAUGAACAUCGAUGACGAUUGUCCAGACUUGGUGCCUAUAUGUAAUGACAGCAGCUUUGAAUCGAGUCUUGGUGGAAUUUCGUAUAAAAGUAAAGCAGAUAAGUGUAGUAUCAGUUCAACAGGAACCAAUUCAAAAAGCUAUGAUAUAGAAGAGACUGAAGAAGAAGAAUAUGAAGUUGAGAAUGAGUGUAAAGAAAGCUAUGAGCAUGAGCAUAUGUCUGAGGAAUACUCAGGGGAUGAAAAUACAUUUAAAAAGGACUCAGAAGAUGAAGAUACAUAUAAGCAAGACUCAGAGGGUGAAGAAUGCUUUGAGGAGGAUGAAAUUUAUGAUGAGGACUGCGAAUUCGAAGAUAUGUAUGAAAUAGAGACUGAUGAUGGAUCGGGUAUUUCAUGUGAAUCAGUAGAGCAGGAAGAUGAUUGUUCCGAUGAUUCCAUGUCUUCAAUUGAUAUCUUAACAAAGUAUGUAAAAACGACUAUAAAAAGAAAUAAACCUGGGAAAGUAAAUGUUGACAUCAUAGAUGGAUCAAACUGCAAUAUUAUCAAUUUUCCUUGCAAUAAUGACUCUGAAAGCGAAGAUGUUGUGGAGAUUAAACAUUCAUUUUCAAACAAUAUCAGUAGAAGAGAAGUAGAAAAUUGCAAAAUAGUGUUUAUUCCUAUAGUAUCAGAACUUGAGUUACGCGAUGAAACAACGGACAGCGAAAAUGAACUGCAAGGAACUCCUGACAUUGUAUCGCUUUAUGAAAACAAAUCGUUUAACGAAAAUGCAAAAUCUUCCGUUAAGAUAUCAGUAAAAGCGAAUAAUUCUAAAAAUUUGUCAGCACGAAAUUCACGUUUAGUUAAUACAACAAGGAAAGAAGUAGCGGAAAUAGUUGAACCGAACUCUGACACAAGUUCAUCGAUAGAUAACGACAUGGUUUCAGUAGAUUCGGAGCAAAAUUCUGAUGCAGCUGAUGCUGAAAGUAACGAUAGCAGAGAUAUAACAGAGGAUCGCCUUGAAGCUGGAACAACUUGUACUAUUGGUAAUGACAGCAGAGAACUAGUAAAUAUGGAUUCAGAAGAUUUGGAGGAAAAUUCUGACGCAGCUGAUGCUGAAAGUAACGAUAGCACAGAUGUAACAGACGAUUGUCUUGAAGUUAGAACAAAUUCUACUACUAGUCAGGACAGUAGUAAACUAGUGAACAUGGAUUCAAUAGAUUUGGAGCAAAAUUCUGAUACAACUAAUUCGCAAGGUAACGAUAGCACAGAUGUAACAGUGGGUCGUCUUAAAUCUGUAACAAGUUGUACUAUUGGUAAUGACAGCAGAGAACUAGUAAAUAUGGAUUCAGAAGAUUUGGAGGAAAAUUCUGACGCAGCUGAUGCUGAAAGUAACGAUAGCACAGAUUUAACAGACGAUUGUCUUGAAGUUAGAACAAAUUCUACUGCUAGCCAGGACAGUAGUAAACUAGUGAACAUGGAUUCAAUAGAUUUGAAGCAAAAUUCUGAUACAACUGAUUGUCAAGGUAACGACAACACAAAUGUAACAGUGGAUCGUCUUAAAUCUGUAACAAGUUGUAUUACUGGUACUGACAGCAAAGAACUAGUAAACUUAGACCUUAAUACUGAUACAAAACAUAUUUCAAUCGAUGUAUUUGCCAGUAACAAUCAUUUGGAUUCCACAGCAUAUGCUGAAGAUUCAAUUGUAGAACCGCAGCAUUUAAAUUCAGUUUUUUAUCACUCUUUUAUAACUAAUCAGGUUUUGGUUCACUUAAAAGAGCCAAUAAGCAUUUAUGGAACAGUGAUAUUGACGUCAGUAAUUGGUUCAGUAAGCGUCUAUGGACAUACUCCUCAAAACGGCAAAGAAUUUCCGAUUUUUUCUCCUCGCGGCUGUAGUACUGUAGAGAUAAUACCAACUACAGUAAAAAAUGUAGACGUUGUUUUGGAACUGAAUAAACUCAAAGGCACUUUUAUUUCCAGAGAUUUAAAGACUAUAGAAGAGGAAUUUAUCCAAAAGAAGGAUGCUAUUGUGCUUCUCAAAUGUAAUGAGAGAAGCAAGAAAGUUGUGCAGAUUUUUAAGGAUUGCAUGAAGGAGAAUGUUUUUCCCAAGUAUAAGCAAAUAUAUAUUCAAGGAAGCACCUGCGAAAGCAAUACUUUGCUAGAGUGCAUCAUUAAUAAAAAUAACGAAAAAGCUUUCAAGAUACAGCCAGAGUGGAGCACAUUGCCUUUAAAAGCCGAAACAAAAAUUAUGAUCGUUGGCGGAAAAUCUGUUGGGAAAUCAACUUUAGUACGUUACAUGAUUAAUAAUCAUUUAAAUACACAUAAGCGCAUACUACUAAUUGAUUUAGACAUUGGACAAUCGGAGAUGUUUUUGCCGCAAACGGUAUCAUGCUUUGUGAUCGAUGAGCCAUUGCUAGGACCUGGCUUCUUUCAAAACAAGCAGCCUGCGAAGGCAUACUUUGUGGGUCACUCAAGUAUUUUAAUUUGUAGUCAUCGAUAUUUGAGCGCAGCAAAACAACUUAUUGAGUAUUGUCACAAUAAUGAAAAGUACUCAAAGUUACCUUGGGUUAUCAAUACAAUGGGAUACAACAAGGGCUGUGGUUUGGAACUGUUAGCCUUACUAUGUCAAUACUUAAAGCCAACUGACGUCGUGCAGAUUCAGAGCAACAAAGAAAUAAAUAAUUUUAACGAAAUACUGAAACCCGACAUUAUGGCUGGGGCAUUAAGGAAACCAUACAUUGGAGUUGAAUUUAUUUUGAAUGAAUCUUAUAUACCAAUGUAUAGUUUGCAUAUAUUAAAUACAGCAGUUGCGCAGGAUAGUCGUUAUCAAAAAGCCUGGGAUAUGAGUGCAAAGGACUUGCGAUACGCAAUGAUUUUGUCAAGACUUAGUGUGGUGCUUUCCGAAAGUGGAGAAGGCUUAACAUCUACUCCACCACUAAAAGCCAAGUUAGCAGAUGUUAAAAUAUUGAAACCAUUUGUAAACGGUGUUGAUCCACAAACACUUUUGAAGUCAAUCGACACAAACCUAGUUUAUUUAUGUCGAGCUGAGGAUGUUUUACCGCCAGAAUGCUACGGUAUAGGCAUUGUUACCGGUGUCGAUUAUACAUUGAAUCUAAUAUAUUUAUUGCCUGCUCUGCCUUAUGAAAAUAUGGAAAAUGUCAACUGUAUGGCGCUUAGUGAUGUUCCAAUACCAACGGCGCUUCUAAAGCAACAAAGUAAAUACUCAGAACAUGCUGCUCCACUACUGUACAGUGCAGUCGACACGAAGACUUUUAAGUCAGUUAAGCAAAUUUAUCAUCGUUCGGCAGAAUUUUUAACAGGAAAUCGCAAUAGUUUGUUGUAAAUUCGUUGUACAAAUAAAUAAAAAUUAUUACACGUAAGAUCUUCCUAAACACA